CAUUCUGUCUGACUUCAAAGCAAAGAAACAGAAGAGUGUGGAUCAGUUACUACCAGAGAGCCAUUGCUCUGCGAAGAGAAGAUGGCGCUAAUCGCUACUCUCUGUGCUGUGUUUCUGCUGGCUGAGCUGUCGUCUAGCUCCCAGGUCCAACUCCAUUGUGACCUUUUAGUUUGGGGUGAAAAUGUAACGGAAAUACCGGAGGAUGCGCCAGUCGGUAGCACGGUGGUUCGGCUGAGAGAUUCUCUUGUUGCCGCCAGCCUGGUUAGUUCUGCGGACGACGACAACGGGACGUGCUGGUCAGCAAACAUCACCGCGGGGGACGAUUGGGGACGGUUUGGGGUUCGUGCUGAGGACUUGGCGCUGGUCGUAGCGGCUCCGCUGGACUACAAGUUGUACCCGCGGUACAACCUGACGGUGGAACUGACAAAUACCGGGAACGAGAACGUAUUGUACGUGACCCUCGUCAUCGUAGUCACAGACGUGCCUGAAUACCCGCCAUUCUAUAACAAACGGUGUGAGACGCCAGUCCUUCUGGAUAAAGAGAAGGGAGAGGAUUGUACUUUGGCCAGUAGUGACGGAUAUUAUACUACAGCUAACGGAGAUGUAAUGGCAGAGUACAGAGAUUUUCUUCAGUUCAAUUACGCGAAGAAAUACCCCGGUAACUUUGUCUUGAAAAGCGACUGUUCCUUACGAUUUGUUCUCAGCAGAAAGACAAUGGGUAGAGACGGGGGGAUCGUCACCUCGGCGAUUGAAGGACGUUUACAUGGUAGAGGCGAAGCUGAAUGUCGCGACCGAGAGUGGAAGACUAAGGGGAAGAUUACUAUAUUGGACCUUUCUAUGGAUGACGACUUGCCUCAGUGGGUAGUAAACGGUCAUUUCCAAGGGGAUGAAAAUCCCCGCUAUGUCAUCGCCGUUGAGUUAAACGAGAUGUGGUCCACAUCAUCAUACUGGUUUCGCUGUGGCUUUAAUGUCACGUUGGGGGAUAAUGGGGGAACAGUUCUAUUUGAGUGGACAUUUCAGUACAACUUUACAGGGUGUCCUGGUGGAUUGUACGGUAUAUAUUGUGACAGGGACUGUGUGUGUAAGAACGGUGCCCGCUGUCAUGGCUAUAACGGUGCCUGUGAGUGCCGCCCGGGCUGGAGAGGGAGGGCCUGUGAUAUUCCCUGGCCCGAAGUCGCCAUCGUGGUAGAGACACCUGGCGAUUCAGCAGUUGUGAAGUACAUCGGUACCAAUCUGACUUUGACCUGCCUGGCUCCUCAUAUUGACGUGGCAAAUAUGACUUGGCUUUAUCAAACAGGAAAAACAAAUAACGACACAAAAAUCAUCGACGAAGGGACAGCCCAGAACAGUUCUAUCAGCUUUCAUCCGAUACUAGAGUCAGCUAGCGGCAAAUAUAGCUGUAUGGUACAGGCAGAAGAUGGUCAGCUUUUCAACGCGACUUUCGUACUAAACGCCACCGAAUGCCGACCCAACUAUUAUGGGGAAGUCUGCAGCGAAGUGUGUGACUGUGAGUACGGAGGGACGUGUGACAGGUGGGCGGGGUGUCUGUGUCCUACAGGCCGUCGUGGAGACAGGUGUCAGCACGAGUGCGCCCCUGGCACGUUCGGAAAGAAUUGCAGUAUGAGGUGUUACUGCGAAAACAACGCCUUGUGUGAUCCAGUCAAUGGCGGCUGUAUUUGUGCUGAAGGACAGUCGGGUGAGAUAUGUCAGCACGUCUCCAUUCCUGGGAACAACAAUAAAGUCGCUGUUGCAGUGUUGUCGUCCGUUAUUCCGGCCAUUGUGGUAAUCGCCUGUAUCGUCACUGGAAUCCUGUUGAAACGGGGUCACCGACAGGCAAAUGGUUACUCAGAAAUGACGUCCGUCAUAGAAACCCUUUCGUCAUGGGAAGUAGACAGAGAGGACAUUCGCUUCGAGCACAUGAUCGGGGAGGGGGAGUUCGGCCAUGUCGUACGGGCAGGGCUGCGCGUGCCGGAAGGGUACGAGGUUUUGGUCGCGGCUAAAAGUAUCCGGCCCGACCGCAAGACGGCGUCGGCUGUCCGCGACUUUCGACGAGAAAUGGACAUUCUCGCGAGAAUCCACGAGGACAAAGAGGGACACCCGAACGUGGUGAAGCUUUACGGAGUUCUGACCAAGUCGGAGCCUCAGUACAUCCUGGUAGAGUACGCGAGCAAUGAAGAACUCCGUCGGUACCUGUGGACUUUGCGUGAACAGUGCAAGAUCACGGGGGAUAGGAAACUGUUAGAGCGUCUCGGUUUCGCUUGUGACGUGGCCUGUGGGUUAUCGGAGCUGGCACGGCUGAAGAUCGUUCACCGGGACAUCGCGGCUCGUAACGUCGUCAUCAGUGACAGGAUGGUGGCUAAGAUCGCGGAUUUCGGACUAUCGCGUGACGUCUACGUGUCGUCGGCGUACGGACGCACCGAGCAGGGCGGGGAGGAGGAACUGUUGCCGCUGAAGUGGAUGGCCGUGGAGUCGUUACGGGACGGGGUGUACACGUGUGAGAGUGACGUGUGGUCGUACGGCGUGCUGCUGUGGGAGAUCGCCAGCUUCGGGGAGGAGCCGCGCUACGCUGGCGCUCCGAUGCACCCGGACGUCUGCAAACUACUGGAGCUGCUGAGGAAAGGCGUCCGUCUGCAGCAGCCGGAGAACUGUCCGCUGCCGGUGUACCGCAUCAUCAGGUCAUGUUGGGUGUUCAACCCAUCGAGGCGGCCAACGCCUGACGAGCUGGUGCGGAAGAUUAACCUGCUGAGACCACAGAGACAUGCUGCGGACCCGGGGUACCCGGGCAGUCACUACAUUCGAUAA